CACACCUCUCUGGCACUUUUCAUUGAUGCCUCCUGUCCUUUACCUCUUUGGGAUUUGGCAAGCUCCGGACUCUGUGGCUGUGGAUUCUGAUUGCUUUGCAAAUGGGUAUUUCUUCACAGGAACUGGGUUUCCAGCACUCACUAAGACAGACCUCUGAGUAACUGGGGACUUGGCCUGCCUUGCCUACUGAGCUUGGGGCAGAUCGGAUGGAGAUGAGUUGAUGAUAUGCUAUGAAGUAAUAGCUCACCACCAGCCAGGGUUUAAACUACUUUCGCAGCAUCACUUCACCUGUGGACUCUUCUAAAUUUUGCUUUCUUGGGGAAAAAAAAAAAAAAAAACCGGGGUAAGAGAAGGUCGUUUUUUAACAAGUUAGCAUCCUUCUUCCUCUUUGACAAGUUGAUGCAAAGGAUAAGGCUGUGACUCCAUUGGAUUGCACCUUCAAAUCAAAAUAGGAGAAGAACAAGAAGAAAGGGACAAUGGCUUUGAGUGGAAACUGUAGUCGUUAUUAUUCUCGAGAACAAGGGGCUGCAGUUCCCAACUCCUUCCCUGAGGUCAUGGAGCUGAAUGUUGGGGGUCAGGUUUAUUUCACCCGCCAUUCCACAUUAAUAAGCAUCCCUCAUUCCCUUCUGUGGAAAAUGUUUUCCCCAAAGAGAGACACGGCUAACGAUCUAGCCAAGGACUCCAAAGGAAGGUUUUUCAUCGACAGAGAUGGAUUCUUGUUCCGUUACAUUCUGGACUAUCUCAGGGACAGGCAGGUGGUCUUGCCUGAUCACUUCCCAGAAAGGGGAAGACUGAAAAGGGAGGCUGAGUACUUCCAGCUCCCGGACUUGGUCAAACUCCUGACCCCUGAUGAAAUCAAGCAAAGCCCGGACGAAUUCUGCCAUAGUGACUUUGAAGAUGCCUCCCAAGGAAGCGACACGAGAAUCUGCCCUCCUUCCUCAGUGCUCCCUGCGGACCGCAAAUGGGGCUUCAUUACGGUGGGCUACAGGGGGUCCUGUACCAUGGGCAGAGAGGGGCAGGCAGAUGCCAAGUUUCGGAGAGUUCCCCGGAUUUUGGUUUGUGGAAGGAUUUCCUUGGCAAAAGAGGUCUUUGGAGAAACUUUGAAUGAGAGCAGAGACCCUGACCGAGCCCCAGAACGAUACACCUCCAGAUUUUAUCUCAAAUUCAAGCAUCUGGAAAGGGCUUUUGAUAUGUUGUCAGAGUGUGGAUUCCACAUGGUAGCCUGUAACUCCUCUGUAACAGCGUCUUUUGUCAACCAAUAUACAGAUGAUAAGAUCUGGUCAAGCUAUACUGAAUAUGUCUUCUACCGUGAGCCUUCGAGGUGGUCACCCUCCCACUGCGACUGCUGCUGCAAGAAUGCCACAGGGGACAAGGAAGGGGAGAGUGGCACAUCUUGCAAUGACCUCUCCACCUCCAGCUGUGACAGCCAGUCUGAGGCCAGCUCUCCCCAGGAGACGGUCAUCUGUGGGCCUGUGACACGCCAGACCAACAUCCAGACUCUGGACCGUCCCAUCAAGAAGGGCCCUGUGCAGCUGAUCCAACAGUCUGAGAUGCGGCGGAAAAGUGACCUGCUCCGGACUCUGACUUCGGGCUCCAGGGAGUCGAACAUGAGCAGCAAAAAAAAAGCUGUUAAAGAAAAGCUCUCAAUUGAGGAGGAGCUGGAGAAAUGCAUCCAGGAUUUCCUAAAGAUCAAAAUCCCAGAUCGGUUCCCUGAGAGAAAACAUCCUUGGCAAUCUGAACUUUUGCGGAAGUAUCAUCUAUAG